AUGUUCAACAAGUCCUCCAACUCGUCUUCCAAGGCCACAUCGAGCGCAGCCUCAACACACUCCACCGUUUCCACAGCCACAACUCUCAAUUCAGCUGACCCGUCAACCAAGAACCACAAGUGGUACUCGCUCAGCUCUAAGUCCUCGAAGUCCGAUUCCAGUAAGAUCGCCAUAGACCUUCAGAAGAAGAAGCUGCACAACGAGGCUCUUGCCAGCUACUUCAGCAUGCGCUAA